UUUUACAUUAAUAACAGUGUUUUUACUAUUGUACUAAUGUAUAAAAUGCAAUUGCUAAUUGGCAACUAUGAGGCAAUGUCCGUGAUAUCUGAUUAGAGACGAAAGGAAAGUAUAGAUUCAAUGACCUAGGUUAAUCUGCCAAUUCUGUGUUUCCGGUAAAAGCGAGCCACUCUUUUUAGGUUAUUUUUAUUAUUAAAUUUAAUUUGAAAUGAAUUGUUAACUUCUGGUAUAGGAAUAAUGUGUAGGUAUAUAAGUUGAACAUAUGUUUAUCAUAUAUAGUGUGAUAGGGAUAGUGUGCGUGCGUGUGGGUCCUAUGUAAUAUCGCGGUACUGCUCUUGCACGUUAUAUAGAAUUGUCUUUGAUUAUUUAUGCGAUAUUAACUGAAUCCUACCUAUGUAAUGUAUUGACCGAAUAAUACAUACUUUGUUUGGUUAUGUUUAUUUGAAAACUUGAUUUGUAAUGUUGCCAAGUGCUUUCCGUUUGCAGAUUGCAACCGGCAGCUGGCUGUUUGUGUCUGUUACCUUUGCACUGCUUAAAAGCUUUUUUCUUGUGGUCUCAUAUCGAUUUAGAAUAAAUAAUUUGCAGGUUAGGGACUUCUAGCGUAGGUAUAUAGAUGGUAUCGUGUCAUAUACUUUUGUCUGUGUGCGUGGAUGAGGUGUAAAGUGAUUUAUUGCGGAUGUGUGACGUAGUGAACAUUUUUUUUAGUGUUUCUUGAUAUUGAUACGUUAAAUUAUUUACUUUUAUUUCGACGCGCUGUAUUUUAAAUGGUGCGGUACUUGCGAUGCAUAGAGGAAGAAAAGAGUAGAAAACGGCAAGACAGCUGGAUUAGAUCCAUUUUCCGACAAUGAUGAUGACGUGGAACGAGUCGCCAGGAAGUUUGAGCAGAAAUAUGGCGGUAAGAGCACAUACGGUAGAAAAGGCAGGUCGAAGCAUGACGACUUUGCAGACAUUGGUGCUGGCUACGAUGAAAAUGAUUCCUUCAUCGACAACACACAUGGGUACGACGAGAUGAUCCCGCCAGAAUGUGACACGAUGUAUGGAGGUUUCUACAUCAACAGUGGCUCCCUCGAGUUCAAAACUGUACCCGAGAACCAGUCCGUCCUGUCUGACGGUGAACCAGGGAAUAGAAGAAAUAAGAGACGCAUUUCGUCAAGUAGCAGCGAAGAGGAGUCGUCCGAUAGCACGUCAGAGUCGAGCCAGGAUGUGAAGGAUCCGAAGGCGAUCGCCAACGGUGCUGUCGACUCACAUAAGACUGAACAUCGGAAAAAGAAAAACAAAAAGAUCGACAAGAAGAAAGCAAAGAAGAUCAGAAGAACUGAUUCCUCUGCAGCUACAUCUGGAAAACAGACUUCAGAUGACAAUGGUCACGGUGAGAGUGCAGACUCGAGGACUUCACAAUCUGAUUCGUUAACUUCCAAACCUGCACCAAGUUCAGAGAAUGCUGUCACCUCGGACAGUUCCAGGGAUGCUGAGGCCAAAGUGGAUGUGAAACUGCCAGCUCCAGUGGUGCAAAUAUUGGAGGAACUGGAGGCGGUUGUCAGCAAACAACUGAUCGACAACCCCAACACGCCGGCCCAGGAGUUGGAGAACAGCACCAAAACUCAACUGCAGAGAUUAGAACGCCUGCUCUCUAAAUGCAGCGAGGUGGCAGUGGUCCGCGCCAGCUGGAAUCGUGCCGCUCGAGCGCUGCGCUCCUCGCGGACUAAGCUGCUACAGCGGCUUAAGGCGCGACCCGAACAGGUGCUGCAGCCACCACAGUCAAAUCCACCCACAACAGUUACUCAGCCUACUGCAACUGGUAACACGGCUGCGAACAAGCGCAAGGCUGUCGACGACGCGGACGAUGAGGACUUCAGUAGUUUGACGCCAGAAGAGAUUGAGGCCAAGAUUGUGGAAACCCUAGCAAAAUUGAAAGUGUUAAUAGAGGAACGUAAGCCGGCCAUGAUGGCCAGCUAUAAGGCCGAGUGUGAACGUGUUCAAGAGGAAAGGAAGAAGCUGCAGAUCGCGAGCGCUGCCGGCGCGGCUGGAGCGGCGGGCGCGGCCGGCGGCGGUGGCGGCGGCGGCGGCGGCGUGGAGAAGCGGCUGCCGAAGCGGCGGUUCCCGUGGUGCGCGCGCGCGCGGGCGCUGGUGGGGCGCGCGGCGCGGCUGGGCGCGGCGGCGGGCGCGGCGCCGCACGCGCUGCUCGCCGCGCGCGCGCUGCCGCUCUUCCCCGCCGGCUUCGUGCGCAUGCCCACGCUGCUGCGCCAGGCCGAUUUAAAAGAAGUGAAGGCGACAGAUUUGAAGAGACAGCGGCAGGGCUUGGCCUCUCAGCCGCCGCCCCCUACACCGUUCCCGGAACCCAUACAAUUUCCAAGCUCGCUCACAGUCACGGCCACCAUAAAAACACCGACUGACAAAACGGAAGUCGCUAUCAGUACAGAGGACAAAGAUAAAUCUAAAUCCGACUCUGUUCUCGGCACAAUCAUGAACUCCUUCCAUCUCAGUAAAGACUUAAUAGUAGAAAAACCCGAGGACAGAAAGAAAGAAGCGGCCGAAAAGAGUAAAGAAGAAUUGUACAUUCCACCAAACAAUAUUGGCAGUAUAACCAUAACACCAGUACUCAACAACAUGAAAGAAAAGAAAAUGAAUUCAGUCACAAUGGAGAAGCAGAAAGAGUGUCUCAUUAGAGUGAAAUCGCCGGCAGCUUUAAACGAAAUGGUGAAGAAGGAUAAAGAGAAGCACAAGAGACAAGAGAAGAGUCAUAGUAAUACAAAAGAGAAGAGGGUGGAUUCUCCUCUGCACAUAGACACCAAUUUCCAACUUAGCAAAAAGGAUCCUAGUCCAAAGACCAAGGAAGAGGUAACGCAGAAGCAAAUCGAGAAUAUGAGAGUGAAUGAGAAUAAUAUACCUAGACCGGCGUUAGUUCCAGUACAUCAUUCUCCAACGUUCGCGAAGCCGGACAAACGUCCUCCCGAGGUGAAGAAAAAGAAGGAUGUAUUAAUAGUGUCCGAUGUUGAUCCAUUAGGGGACGUACAACAAGAACCUGUCGCUAUCGACGAUAGCAGCAGUGACGUCGAACUAGUCGAGGACAAAAUAGACAAAAGUGAACCUAAACGCAGUGAAAAUAAAAGUGAAGUGCCUUCUAAGGACAAAGUGAAUGCGCGAGACUCCCAAAAAAAAGUGUACAGUGAAAAAAGUGUGAGUAAACUUAAAGAGCGUGUCGGUUCAACGCAAGACGGGCAGAGAAACGAGACGGACGGACCGACGAAUGAAGAUAUAGAUAAUUUAAUGAGAAAUAUAAGUGAAAUGGAGCAUUCACAAGAGCCUGCUAAGUUAAACAAUAACCCAUUUGGAGGGAUUAUAAGUAAUGCGCGGCACGAGAAGUCUUCCAAGCAAGCGUUCUCGCGGAAUGCUAUAUACGGGGAGCCACGUAGCGAUAAAGACAAAUUCGUAGAACGAACUUCUUUGAACAAAAUGGAUGGAUGUAGUGCCAUCACAGGUUGAUGCAAAGGUUGUUUCCGAAGAUAUGCCAGGUUGUUACAAGGAUUGAUAGACUAUUUAUAUAGGCAAGGACAAUGGAAAAAUAAUGUAUGGUCACGCGGGACGACGCUGUUUUACCGAGAUGUAUGUUAUUAUUUAUCGAUCAUUUAUCCAAAUGUCAGGUGAUAAGUAUUAAAAAAACUACAUACAUGGAGUAUUUUUACAAAAUUUUUCGACUUAGCUAUAUAUAUAGGAACUAUUUUACUACUAAUGAAAUAUCGCCAAAGUCGAAGUUUUGCUCUUCUACGUCUAGGUGGAAUGUAUUUAAACAAUUUGAGUAUUUAGAGAUAGGUGUAUUUUGAGACUAACAUUUUAAAUUACGCCCUAAUGUUUAGUUUCUUUCAAAUAUUAAUUUAAAAGAGUUAUAUUGAUUUUUAAUACAAAUACUAGUUGUGUCUAUCAUGUUAACCUUUCUUUUGGGAACACAGUCAUCCAGUACAUUUUAAAUAUAUUGUAAAAAUAGAUAGAUAGAUAAUUUAUUUGCAUCACUUACAGCACACAAACAGCAAAAGACACAAAUGCAAAGUGAAAAAAGAUACAGGUACAAAAUAAAAAAAAAAAUCAGAAACAAAAUCAGAAUGCAUAAAAUUAGUAACAAUUGUUUUUUUUUCUUCAUGCGUAUGCCACAGUAAUACAAAAUGGCCACAACUCAGCUUUUUGCUUUGCCCUAAAAAGAGCAAAACACUGAUAUUCUGUUGUGGUCAAAAUAUUCAGUAAUAAGCGGGUAUCAUAUGUUUGUAAUAACUAUGUAUGUUCAAUCUAUGAAUAUGGCAGGCAAUUUACAGGGUACAGAGGAAUAACACCUGAGUGCUCACGAAUGGCAACGCAUGGGGGGUAUCAUGGGCGAAAUUGUAUACUCUGUUAUGUACAUGGUACUGUUCAUGUCUAUAGGCGACGGUUACCACUUUCCAUCAGGUGGGCCGUCAGCUUGUUUGCCAUUCGAAGUUGUAUAAAAAAAUAUAAUAAAAUUAUAACUAUGUCUAUACAUGAGAGAUUUUUAAGUUAAUAUGAAAGGGUCUUAAAAAGGCCAAUAUAUGCCAAAACAAUAAUUUUACAAUUUUCAUCUAUAUGUUUGUUUGUACGUCACGCAAAACAUAAAAUCUGGUAUAUGUUUUAUAUUAAUACGUCAUCAAGAAGUAGUAUUGGUUUUUCUACUUCUGAAAUCCGCGCGUACGAAAUAGCGGGCAAAAAUUAAGUUUUUUUUUUAUAUACUUAUGCAUGAUUUUUUUUUUAUAUAUAUGUAUAUUUAAUAAUUUUAGCUCGUUUACACGGUGAUUUGUGUUGAUUACAGACAUUCAAUAUUCCCCCCAAAAUAAAAUUAUUCAUAAUUAUUUUAAUGUUUCUUAGAAUGUAAUAUUUUUCCGAUUUUGAUCAUUAUUUUUUAAUCGAAAAUUUUUACUCGUAUGCUGAUCUCAUUGUAAUUUUAUCAAAAUUAUGUAUGUAGAUUUUUUAUGGGACAAAUGAUCGAAAAUAUGAUAAAUGUGACCGUUUGCACGCUGAAUGUUCUAUAGGCGUCUAAACUUAGUGAUAACUUGUAGUCCAUGCCCACUAGUGGGACGUGACGUGGACACGAAACCUUACGAUAUUAGCAUGUAAAUAUUUCUAGGAGAUUAUUUUUUUAUAUUAUCACGCAACGGUUCGCGCUUGUCGAAAACAAUGUCUCGUUGAAGCGGCGCCAGAUGUCGUUUUUUGGUUUUUAAUUAUUUGUACACUGCGAUAUGUUCAUUUUACAAUAUAUUAUGCUAGGUUUGUAAAAACACGUAUUUUGUAUAGUUUUACACAAUUAAUUUUGUUUUAUGAACGGUUUCCUUAUUGAGACGCGUUUGAAUUGAAACAGUUAUGUCGUUCUCAGUUCGGAAACCGAUCUCCCUUCUCGCUGCUCCACGGUAAGUGAGGCAACACUACAAUGCUGGUAUGCCUUGUUUUAAUUUACCUCGCAAGGAUUUUAAUUAUUAUUUGUCGGAUGAGACUAACCACAUAAACAUCAAAAACGUUUUAUCUGAAUAAACAUAUUUUAAAUUGUAAUUAAUUAGAAUUAUUUUGUUUAAUUCCGCCACACAUUAGUAUGUGUGCGACUGGCAACACUCGAAGAUUUAUUACUAUUAUUAUUAUAAGAAGUUCUAUAUACAAUAUGGAAUAUUAGCUAUUAAUGUAAACGUGCAUGGACUGAAGCCUGGACAGUCAUACGCGAUAUUUUAAAUAUAUAUAUAUAUAUAUAUAGUGUAUGCUCUAUAUAAGCAAUUAAUUUGAAUCAAUUUCAAUAAAAAAAAAUCUAAUUGGGAAAAGUUGCUUAUAGGGGAAAAAAGAGUAUAAAAAUACUUACCGUUUGGAAAAUAUUUUUACUUUUUUAAUAAGCUAAAUAGAAUAAAUAAAAUAUAAAGAAUUUUGCUUAUAUAGAGCGUUAACUGCAUAUUAUUUUGUGGUCUAUGUUAUAAAAUAAUAGAAAUGUAGGCAUUUCUAUAAAUUUUUAAAUGCUUUUUUUUUUUUAUAUUUAUCUUCAUUAUCAUUCUGUUUUGCUUUAUGCAUAGAUUAAGGAUACCUGUAGAUCCAAAUUUUAAGUAUUUUAACCAUCAAAUAGGAUAAAAGUUUCCAAAAAUGUAUAAAGAGAGGAAAAAGUCCUUUAGUAUGUUUUAUCACAUUGGACAAUUUGAAAAUCUUGAAACAUAACAGGUAAUUGCAUGUUGAAUCCAUGUCUUUAAAAAUAAAUUUAUGUUACCUUGAUUGCAAUUAAUUAUUAUGAACUGUUGAUUAUUUAUUGAUUUUAUUUAUUAUUAUACUUAAUUAUUUAUUGUGUCAUAAAAAAAAAUUCGUAUUAAAUUAGAUUUAAUUCAAAUUAAGAACUAGUCAAUCUUUUCAUUACAUUCUUUUUACACACUGGCAUCUAUUUGCAAUUUAUAUAGUUUAAAAACCAUGUCUGCCACUAGUAUUGUAAAUGUCAAAGGAUGUAUAUCUCAAUCCACAGUUAAGAACGUUCAUAUACGUAUUUACUAGAGGGAGACUUUGUACAAAAGCCGAUUGCUUGGCUACCUCUGUCCCAUUCGUGUUUCUACCGUGAAACAGUUGUGUUUGCAUGGCUGUGUUUCGGUUUGAAGGGUAGGAAUGGCGUGAAUUUACUGGGUACAGAGGAAUAACAUCCGAGUCCUCAGUCAAUUGUAAAUGUUGCCACACUAAUGUAAGCUAAAGUUGCCAACGCUCGAAACAGUUGACGUAAUUUAUUUAUUUAUUUAUUCUUUAUUGUACACAAAAAAAAAUUACAAAUUUAUAAUUUAUAUUAAAUGAAGAUGUACAACAGGUGAGGUUAACUCUGUAAGAGUUCUCUUCCAGCAAAUUCUGAAUGGAAAGGAGCAUUAAUUUGAUACACAAGAUGAUGUUACAUGGUACACUUGUAGUUUACUAUUUUAAUAGUUUAAUACGUAGAUUAUUUUAUAUACCAACCUACGCAGGCAAAGUUGCUGGCCAUUUGAUGAUUAAUUUUUUUUUUUUAAUAUCAAUUGCAUCUAAAGAUUGAUUUCAUUUCUGUAUAUAUUUGAUUGUUUCUCGUCGCUUAUUGUUUUAAAGGAAUGUUUUAGGAAGGAAUUAUUAUGAUUUUAUUAUUUUCAAGAGAUAUAUAUAUAUAUAUAUAUAU